CCCGACGCCAGAAGGAGCUCAUGUAUAUGAAACGUGAGCACCGAUUGGAGGAACUCCAGGCGGACAUUGAAUACCAGAUGCGGUGCGUUCUCAGUAAACAAGCCGCUCAGAAGACCGAAGAGGACCUGAAACAAGAAGAAGAGCUGCUCCAGAGGUUAGUGGAGAUCAUUGAGGAGCGCAACGAUAUCGUCGAAAUGAUGGUCAGAGAUGAGAACAAAGAAGUGGAAGAAUACCAGAAACUAAUCUCAAAAGUGUUGCCAUCGAAGCCGGAACUGAGGCCAAAGCCGAAACAAACGGUGAAUACAGAGCGCGGAGCCGCUGCCGCCGACACGACUGCCGGAACCAAUGGUCGCCAACCGGUGUCCAAAAAGGCGCUCAAAGAGGAGCUGAAGAUGAAAGAGAAACUCCGACUCAAAGACAUUAAAGAGAGAAAACGGCUCAAGAAGUUGGAGAAGAGUCAGCAGAAGGACAAUAAGACUGACGACAGGACAGCGACUGCCGGAGCGGCCGAUGGCCACCACCCAGUCGUGGCCGCCGACAAAGUGGCGGACAAAUCAAUGGCCAAACACUUGACGCUGAAGUCGCUAAAGCCGUUGAAACGGUUGGGCCUCAAGUCGUUGACCGGCGGUAGUAGUGAUAGUGGGGGUAAAAAGUCCGAUAAGACAACCGCCAGUGCCUCAACCCUUACCCCUACUAACCCCACAGCCAAACCCCAGCCGUUGGUGACCGACAACCCGGUGCUGACCAACGGUUCGCCUCAAACGUGA